AAUGAGUUUGUAGUCAAUAGUCUACCUUACUACGAUAGGAAAGAGUCAUUUUUUAUGUUUUAACAAUGUUUCGUUUAUGAGCUAUUGAUCGCUGAAGUUCGAAUCUGCCAAUCUCUUUCUAACUUUACCCAAGUUUUACUUUCUCUUUGUCUGCUCGUCGUGUCGCAGCUUCUUUUCUCCUUCUGAAGGUGUUUCUCUGCUAUGGAUCAGUGUGAGGACAGAGAGGAGGGAGUCCCUCCCUCUAAAAGCUCUCUGUGUGGGGAACAUGACAGCCAGACCAAAGCUCAGAGAACAAAGAAGCAGCACAGACCAGACUCUGCUGGACCUGAACCAGAACCUGGACCUGAACCCAGCUGUGUGUCCAUGAAGAGUGACCGGUCCAUGGGGAAACCUAUACAUUUUAAUCCUGUACAACCUGCUGAUAGAAGGAUCCAGCAGAGACCAGAAUCUCCUGGACCUGAACCCAGCUGUGUGUCCCUGAAGAGUGACUGGUCCAUGGGGAAACCUAUACAUUUUAAAUCUGGACAACCAGCUGAUGGAAGGAUCCAUCACAGACCAGAAUCUGCUGGACCAGAACCUGAACCCAGCUGUGUGUCCAUGAAGAGCGACCGGUACAUGGAGGAACCAAUAUAUUUUAAACAUGGACAACCAGCUGAUGGAAGGAUCCAUCAGAGACCAGAAUCUCGUGGACCUGGACCCAGCUGUGUGUCCUUUAAGAGCGACUGGUCCAUGGAUGAACGUAUAUAUUUUAAACGUGGACAACCAGCUGAUGGAAGGAUCCAUCAGAGACCAGAAUCUCCUGGACCUGAACCCAGCUGUCUGUCCUUUAAGAGUGACCGGUCGAAGGACUUUUACAUUAAUUUUAAAGGAGGACGUCCAUCAGCUGAUCAGAUAGUGGACCAGGAGAGCUCAGAGGUUCCCAGUGGUCAGUCUGCCCAGCAGCAUCAAACACACCUGGACUCCAUAUUUAUGCUGCUGGAGGAGAACAUCGUCACUUUUGUGAAGAACGAGCUGAAGAAGAUGCAGAAGAGUCUGAGUCCAGAUGACCCAGAAUGCUUAGAGAGUCAGAGGGAGGAUGAGGAGGUGUUGGACGGUGAGGAGGAAGAGCACAGGAGGAGCAGCAGAGAUGCAUUUCUGAAGAUCACACUGCACUUCCUGAGGAGAAUGAAGCAGGAGGAGCUGGCUGAUCGUCUGUACAGCAGAACACGUGCUGCAAAGUGUCGACGUAAACUAAAGUCUAACCUGGAGAAGAAGUUCCAGUGUGUGUUUGAGGGGAUCGCUAAAGCAGGAAACCCAACCCUUCUGAAUCAGAUCUACACACCGCUCUACAUCACAGAGGGAGGGACUGCAGAGGUCAAUGAUGAACAUGAGAUCAGACAGAUUGAAACAGCAUCCAGGAAACCAGACAGACCAGAAACAACAAUCAGACAAGAAGACAUCUUUAAAGCCUCACCUGGAAGAGAUGAACCAAUCAGAACAGUGAUGACAAAGGGAGUGGCUGGCAUUGGGAAAACAGUCUUAACACAGAAGUUCACUCUGGACUGGGCUGAAGACAAAGCCAACCAGGACAUACACUUCACAUUUCCAUUCACUUUCAGAGAGCUGAAUGUGCUGAAAGAGAAAAAGUACAGCUUGGUGGAACUUGUUCAUCACUUCUUUACUGAAACCAAAGAAGCAGGAAUCUGCAGGUUUGAAGAGUUCCAGGUUGUGUUCAUCUUUGACGGUCUGGAUGAGUGUCGACUUCCUCUGGACUUCCACAACAAUGAGAUCCUGACUGAUGUUACAGAGUCCACCUCAGUGGAUGUGCUGCUGACAAACCUCAUCAGGGGGAAACUGCUUCCCUCUGCUCGCCUCUGGAUAACCACACGACCUGCAGCAGCCAAUCAGAUCCCUCCUGAGUGUGUCGGCAUGGUGACAGAGGUCAGAGGGUUCAGUGACCCAGAGAAGGAGGAGUACUUCAGCAAGAGAUUCAGAGAUGAGAAGCAGGCCAGAACCAUCAUCUCCCACAUCAAGACAUCACAAAGCCUCCACAUCAUGUGCCACAUCCCAGUCUUCUGCUGGAUCACUGCUACAGUUCUGGAGGAUGUGUUGAAAAGCAGAGAGGGAGGAGAGCUGCCCAAGACCCUGACUGAGAUGUACAUCCACUUCCUGGUGGUUCAGUCCAAACUGAAGAACAUCAAGUAUGAUGGAGGAGCUGAGACAGAUCCACACUGGAGUCUAGAGAGCAGGAAGAUGAUUGAGUCUCUGGGAAAACUGGCUUUUGAGCAGCUGCAGAAAGGCAACCUGAUCUUCUAUGAAUCAGACCUGACAGAGUGUGGCAUCGAUAUCAGAGCAGCCUCAGUGUGCUCAGGAGUGUUCACACAGGUCUUUAAAGAGGAGAGAGGGCUGUACCAGGACAAGGUGUUCUGCUUCGUCCAUCUGAGCCUUCAGGAGUUUCUGGCUGCUCUUCAUGUCCAUCUGACAUUCAUCAAGUCUGGAGUCAAUCUGCUGGCAAAAGAACAAACAACUUCCCAGACACAUCUCCACGAGAGUGCUGUGGACAAGGCCUUAAAGAGUCCAAAUGGACACCUGGACUUGUUCCUCCGCUUCCUCCUGGGUCUUUCACUGCAGACCAAUCAGACUCUACUACGAGGUCUGCUGACACAGACAGGAAGUAGCUGGCUGACCAAUCAGGAAACAAUCAAGUACAUCAAGACAAAGAUCAGUGAGAAUGCGUCUGCAGAGAGAAGCAUCAAUUUGUUCCACUGUCUGAAUGAACUGAAUGAUCGUUCUCUAGUGAAGCAGAUCCAACUGCACCUGAGUUCAGGAAGUCUCUCCACAGAUAAACUGUCUCCUGCUCAGUGGUCAGCUCUGGUCUUCAUCUUACUGUCAUCAGGAAAAGAUCUGGACGUGUUUGACCUGAAGAAAUACUCUGCUUCAGAGGAGGUUCUUCUGAGGCUGCUGCCAGUGGUCAAAGCCUCCAACAAAGCUCUGUUGAGUGACUGUAACCUCUCAGAGAGAAGCUGUGCAGCUCUGUCCUCAGUUCUCAGCUCCCAGUCCUCUAGUCUGAGAGAUCUGGACCUGAGUAACAACAACCUGCAGGAUUCAGGAGUGAAGCAGCUUUCUGCUGGACUGGAGAGUCCACACUGUACACUGGAAACUCUCAGGUUGAGUAUUUGUAACCUCUCAGAGAGAAGUUGUGCAGCUCUGUCCUCAGUUCUCAGCUCCCAUUCCUCUAGUCUGAGAGAUCUGGACCUGAGUAACAACAACCUGCAGGAUUCAGGAGUGAAGCAGCUUUCUGCAGGACUGGAGAGUCCACACUGUACACUGGAAACUCUCAGGUUGAGUAUUUGUAACCUCUCAGAGAGAAGCUGUUCAGCUCUUUCCUCAGUUCUCAGCUCCCAGUCCUCUAGUCUGAGAGAUCUGGACCUGAGUAACAACAACCUGCAGGAUUCAGGAGUGAAGCAGCUUUCUGCUGGACUGGAGACUCCACACUGUGGACUGGAAACUCUCAGUCUGUCAGGAUGUCUGAUCACAGAGGAAGGCUGUGCUUCUCUGGCCUCAGCUCUGAGCUCCAACCCCUCCCAUCUGAGAGAGCUGGACCUGAGAUACAAUCAUCCAGGAGACUCAGGAGAGAAGCUGUCUGCUGGACUGGAGGAUCCACACUGGAGACUGGACACUCUCAGCCUGCAGCCUGCUGGAGUCCGAUGGUUGACACCAGGUCUGAGGAAGUAUGCCUGUGAACUGGAACUGGAUCCAAACACAAUGAACAGAAGACUCAAAUCUGCUAUGGAUCAGUGUGAGGACAGAGAGGAGGGAGUCCCUCCCUCUAAAAGCUCUCUGUGUGGGGAACAUGACAGCCAGACCAAAGCUCAGAGGAUCCAUCACAGACCAGAAUCUGCUGGACCAGAACCUGAACCCAGCUGUGUGUCCAUGAAGAGCGACCGGUCCAUGGAGGAACCAAUAUAUUUUAAACAUGGACAACCAGCUGAUGGAAGGAUCCAUCAGAGACCAGAAUCUCGUGGACCUGGACCCAGCUGUGUGUCCUUUAAGAGCGACUGGUCCAUGGAUGAACGUAUAUAUUUUAAACGUGGACAACCAGCUGAUGGAAGGAUCCAUCAGAGACCAGAAUCUCGUGGACCUGGACCCAGCUGUGUGUCCUUUAAGAGCGACCGGUCGAAGGACUUUUACAUUAAUUUUGAAGGAGGACAUCCAUCAGCUGAUCAGAUAGUGGACCAGGAGAGCUCAGAGGUUCCCAGUGGUCAGUCUGCCCAGCAGCAUCAAAUACACCUGGACUCCAUAUUUAUGCUGCUGGAGGAGAACAUCGUCACUUUUGUGAAGAACGAGCUGAAGAAGAUGCAGAAGGUUCUGAGUUCAGAUUACCCAGAAUGCUUAGAGAGUCAGAGGGAGGAUGAGGAGGUGUUGGAUGGUGAGGAAGAAAAGCAGAUGAGGAGAAGCAGAGAUGCAUUUCUGAAGAUCACAGUGCACUUCCUGAGGAGAAUGAAGCAGGAGAACCUGGCUGACUGUCUGCAGAGCAAAACUCGUGCUAGCAGAUGUCAACAUAAACUCAAGUCUAACCUGCAGAAGAAGUUCCAGUGUCUGUUUGAGGGGAUCGCUAAAGCAGGAAACCCAACCCUUCUGAAUCAGAUUUACACACCGCUCUACAUCACAGAGGGAGGGACUGCAGAGGUCAAUGAUGAACAUGAGAUCAGACAGAUUGAAACAGCAUCCAGGAAACCAGACAGACCAGAAACAACAAUCAGACAAGAAGACAUCUUUAAAGUCUCACCUGGAAGAGAUGAACCAAUCAGAACAGUGAUGACAAAGGGAGUGGCUGGCAUUGGGAAAACAGUCUUAACACAGAAGUUCACUCUGGACUGGGCUGAAGACAAAGCCAACCAGGACAUACACUUCACAUUUCCAUUCACUUUCAGACAGCUGAAUGUGCUGAAAGAGAAAAAGUACAGCUUGGUGGAACUUGUUCAUCACUUCUUUACUGAAACCAAAGAAGCAGGAAUCUGCAGGUUUGAAGAGUUCCAGGUUGUGUUCAUCUUUGACGGUCUGGAUGAGUGUCGACUUCCUCUGGACUUCCACAACAAUGAGAUCCUGACUGAUGUUAAAGAGUCCACCUCAGUGGAUAUGCUGCUGACAAACCUCAUCAGGGGGAAACUGCUUCCCUCUGCUCGCCUCUGGAUAACCACACGACCUGCAGCAGCCAAUCAGAUCCCUCCUGAGUGUGUCGGCAUGGGGACAGAGGUCAGAGGGUUCACUGAUCCACAGAAGGAGGAGUACUUCAGGAAGAGAUUCAGAGAUGAGGAGCAGGCCAGCACCAUCAUCUCCCACAUCAAGACAUCACGAAGCCUCCACAUCAUGUGCCACAUCCCAGUCUUCUGCUGGAUCACUGCUACAGUUCUGGAGGAUGUGUUGAAAAGCAGAGAGGGAAGAAAGCUGCCCAAGACCCUGACUGAGAUGUACAUCCACUUCCUGGUACUUCAGACAAAACUGAAGAAGGUCAAGUAUGAUGGAGGAGCUGAGACAGAUCCACACUGGAGUCCAGAGAGCAUGAAGAUGAUUGAGUCUCUGGGAAAACUGGCUUUUGAGCAGCUGCAGAAAGGCAACCUGAUCUUCUAUGAAUCAGACCUGACAGAGUGUGGCAUCGAUAUCAGAGCAGCCUCAGUGUACUCAGGAGUGUUCACACAGAUCUUUAAAGAGGAGAGAGGGCUGUACCAGGACAAGGUGUUCUGCUUCGUCCAUCUGAGUCUUCAGGAGUUUCUGGCUGCUCUUCAUGUCCAUCUGACAUUCAUCAAGUCUGGAGUUAAUCUGCUGGAAGAAGAACAAACACCAUCCAGGUGGUCUAAAGUAUUUAAAGACAAACCUGAACCAACACGUUUCUACCAGAGAGCUGUGGACGAGGCCUUAAAGAGUCCAAAUGGACACCUGGACUUGUUCCUCCGCUUCCUCCUGGGUCUUUCACUGCAGACCAAUCAGACUCUCCUACGAGGUCUGCUGACACAGACAGGAAGAAGCUCACAGACCAAUCAGAAAACAGUCGAGUGCAUCAAGAAGAUCAGUGAGAAUCUGUCUGCAGAGAGAAGCAUCAAUCUGUUCCACUGUCUGAAUGAACUGAAUGAUCGUUCUCUAGUGGAGGAGAUCCAACUGCACCUGAGUUCAGGAAGUCUCUCCACAGAUAAACUGUCUCCUGCUCAGUGGUCAGCUCUGGGCUUCAUCUUACUGUCAUCAGAAAAAGAUCUGGAUGUGUUUGACCUGAAGAAAUACUCAGCUUCAGAGGAGGCUCUUCUGAGGCUGCUGCCAGUGGUCAAAGCCUCCAACAAAGCUCUACUGACUGACUGUAACCUCUCAGAGAGAAGCUGUGCAGCUCUGUCCUCAGUUCUCAGCUCCCAGUCCUCUAGUCUGAGAGAUCUGGACCUGAGUAACAACAACCUGCAGGAUUCAGGAGUGAAGCAGCUUUCUGCUGGACUGGAGACUCCACACUGUACACUGGAAACUCUCAGUCUGUCAGGAUGUCUGAUCACAGAGGAAGGCUGUGCUUCUCUGGCCUCAGCUCUGAGCUCCAACCCCUCCCAUCUGAGAGAGCUGGACCUGAGAUACAAUCAUCCAGGAGACUCAGGAAAGAAGCUUCUCUCUGCUGGACUGAAGGAUCCACACUGGAGAUUGGACACUCUCAGCCUGCAGCCUGCUGGAGUCCGAUGGUUGACACCAGGUCUGAGGAAGUAUGCCUGUGAACUGGAACUGGAUCCAAACACAAUGAACAGAAAACUCAAACUGUCUGACAACAACAGGAAGGUGACACGUGUGGAGGAGGAUCAGUCAUAUCCUGAUCAUCCAGACAGAUUUGAUGGCAGGUGUCCUCAGCUGCUGUGUAGAAAUGAUCUGACUGGUCGCUGUUACUGGGAGGUCGAGUGGAGAGGAAGAGUUUAUAUAUCAGUGAGUUACAGAAGAAUCAGCAGGAAAGGAAACAGUUAUGACUGUUUGUUUGGAAGGAAUGAUCAGUCCUGGAGUCUGAUCUGUUCUGACGAUGAUGGUUACUAUGUCUGUCACAAUAAGAGAGAAACAUCCAUCCCCUCCUCCUCCUCCUCCUCCUCCUCCUCCUCCUCCUCCUCCUCCUCCUCCUCCUCUGUCUCUAACAGAGUAGCAGUCUAUGUGGACUGUCCUGCUGGCACUCUGUCCUUCUACAGAGUCUCCUCUGACACACUGAUCCACCUCCACACCUUCAACACCACAUUCACUGAACCUCUGUAUGCUGGGUUUGCAGUCUGGUCUGGUGCCUCAGUCUCUCUGUAG